AUGGAGAGCAGGUGGCACGCGAUGAAGAGGAGAGAGCCGGAGCCGUUUUCGCUGUUGUCACUAGGUUCCACGACCGGGACGGGGUCGGACUGGAGGAAGAAAGAAAGAAGUUUUCGUGUCUGGAGGAACAAAGCUUCAAUAAGCGUCAAGAAGUUGUCGUGUCUGUUUGUCGCCGUUUUCACUGCUGUCGCUGGGUUCCACGACCGGGACGGGAUCGGACGGGAUCUAACAUGCAAAAUUCCCGGCAACGGAACCAUCGAAGUUGUUGGCAUCGAUAUUGGGCCUUCGGAUGCUUGA